CCCACUUCAGUGAGUUUCUGCGCGCUCCCGAAGAGUCCUCUCAAGCAACAUACAACAGAUCCGAACAGAAGAUCGUGAGAAUAUGAGAAAAUGACCAUUACAUCGCCACAAGAUUCCUGUAGAGCUCACUGUUAAUCAGGAUUUCAUUGAUUCAGACCCGGAUGUGACUUCAGCCAUGUCUUGUCGAGACAUUCACGCCACCAAUGCUUUUGCCUUCAUCAUUGCUUUGUUGUCUGUGGGGUGUUUGACUGUCGCUACACUCAUCCCCCAAUGGAGAACAACACGUCUGCUCACGUUCAACCGCAACGCAAAAAAUGUAACUGUAUUCGACGGCCUGUGGACCAAGUGUGUGCAGCGAGAUGGUUCUUCGGGAUGUUAUUACUUUGAUGCAGACUGGUACAUCAAAGUAGACCAGUUGGACCUCAGACUGCUGCAGUUCUGUUUACCUACUGGUUUGUUCUUUGCAGGCUUGGCUCUUCUGCUUUGUCUUACUGGCAUGUGUAAGACCGCUUGCUGCUCUAAGACUCCAGAGGACAUCAAGAACAGUAGCUGCUUGGUCAACAGUUCAGGAUGUCAUCUGGUGGCUGCGAUGUUUCUUUUUCUAGGCGGGUCCAUCGCCAUGCCCCCCUCCGUCUGGUUCUUGUUCCACACGAAAGUCCUCAAUGAGCGCUACGAUAAUCUGUUUGCGGUGGAGUUUGGAGUCUAUGUGGCCAUCGCCGGUGCUGGUGGACUUAUGUUAGCUGCUCUCCUGAUGUUCAUGUGGUAUUGCAUGUGUAAGAAACUGCCAUCUCCCUUCUGGCUGCCUCUUCCUGAGGUGCCUGUAAUGUCCCACAGCAUCUCAGCGCAGCCUCUUAUGACCAACGGUUUGCCUUCUCCUGUGACUUAUGUAUCACAAAGCUUCCCUCCUUCUGCACUGGAUGCCCCCUCCUUUGUCCCAGCACAGGGUUACCCUCAACCAGCAGCCCUACAGCCUCUGCCACCUCAUGUGUAUAUGCCACUCAUGUCAGUGCCUGACGGAUAUGGAUCGGAAGUGGGAGGCUCACAAGCAUAUAGCUACGCCCCAUCGCAAAGCUAUGCCCCUUCUCAGGGAUACGCCCCCUCUCAGAGCUACGCCCCAUCACAGAGAUACGCAGGGCACCGCUAUUCUACACGCUCUCAAAUGUCAGGGAUUGAGAUCGACAUUCCCAUCCUUACAGAGUGAGAAAACACUGUUGGGGUGUCCACUGAUGUUUCAAUCGAAGAGGUCAAACUUGCAUGAUGUGUAAUUCUACAAAUUAGUAAUUACAUACUAGCUGUGAGACUUCAGUUAUGAAGUAAACAAAAUUGUGAAAUUGAAGGAAACAACAUUGUUCAGUUGAUUUAGCAAUUACUUGGUCAAAUCACUGAAAAGGUUUAAAAGAGCAAUCACGAGCCUUCUUCUCAAUGCAUUUAUUUUGCUCUUAAACUUUAGGAUAAUAUUGAUCUUACUUAAUGUUGUGCACUGUUCUAACCUACCUAUUAGUAUGUCUACUGAUCUAAAUCUGACUACUUACAAAAUAUCAGAAAAACACACUGCCUGUCUUUUGUAUUACUGAUCAUGAAUUUCCAUAUUUGCCAUAUUUCCAAUAGUUGCAUAUUUUGUAGUUUAUUAAGGCAAUACAUAGAUUGCUUUAUUGUUGUCUUAUCCAAAUAUGUUAUUCUACCCAUAUUGUUACAGUAUAGUGUGAAAUGAGAAUUAAUAUCUCCUGAUUUAAUUUUUAUCAUGAAAGAGUGGAUUAAUCCUUAUGUUUUGUUUUCCGUUUAAUAGAUGUACUUCAAAUGAAAGUUUACCAUUACAACUAUUUUCACUACUUUUAUGUUCCUAACUAACGAUUUUAUAUUUCACUUAAGAAAUCAGAACACUUGAAUAAUAUGUAUCUGUAUUUAGUUUUUGUCAGGUCUUUAUAUUAAAGAGUUUGAGCAUUUUUGCAAUAUGUAUAAGAUGACCUUACUUUUACCUUGUGACUAAUUUUUUGUGUGAAGAUUAAUCACUGAGAGUCAUCGAAAAGAGAACUGAGACAUUCACACUUUGAACGUCGAAUAUAGCCUUUGUAAUGAAGUUCUCUGCUUCCUAGUACAAACGUUUGGAAUGUUGCCUUGUAAAGUUGCCAUAGAGGUCACUAAAACAAAAAAUAUUUAAUUUAUUCGACUGAAAUGAAGAAUUACAUUAGAAGAACACUAAUGUCUUUUCUAAUGUUCUACAAAGCUAAUGUCUUAAAUGAAAUGAGCCCUCUUACACUGGCAUUUAAAUAUUGUACAUGGUUUAAAUUCCUUUUUGCCUGUUUUACAAAGUUGUUACAAAAUGUCUUAUACAUGGAUCAAAUUCUGUUCCUUUCUGCCUUAAUCAAAUUCAGUUUUUUACAUGAAUGUAUUAGGCUGAUGUCUACUAAUGUCUUUUUAAAUAAAAGUGCUGUUUAUUG